UCUUUUUCGAAUGCAGGGAAAGCUGAGAAUAAUAUGUCAUACACAUUACAAGGGAUAGGAUCAAUUUCAAAUACUGCCCUAGGACAGGAAAAAGCAACCACGUUAAGUACUUCUUUGCCGAAUGAACCAAGUACAUCAGCAGAAAUCGGAAAAGUACCGGAAUUCAAGGAACAAGACAAACCACGGCUGCAUGAGCAAUUUUCCAAAUAUAUACCAAAUACUGACAUGCUUGUUGAAAAAGAACGUAAACUCUUGCAAGCUUUAUUACUUCAGAAAACAAGUAAGAAAGAGCUCUCUACAAAGUCUGACAGCUCUUCAAAGAUCCAAGAAUCAAAACCGUCUGAAAUACCAAGUCAUGUACAGAGUGGCAAUAGAAUUGGUUCACUAAUUCAGAAAAUGGCGAACAGGGUGCAGAAAGGUUCUGAUGAGGUGAAAUUAGAUCUUCCUGUUAUUGGUACUGACAACCCUGCAAGAAACGAAGUGUCAAAGCCUGCUUCAGCAUCCCAGAUUUUGUUUGGUGAGCAUGCUAGUCCUAAAAAGAAAGAAACUGAAAAGGAUUCAGUGCUGAAAUACCAUUCUGUGAAGUCGUUACUUUUCGAUGCUAGACCAGGAAAUUUAACAAGUAGUUCGAAGAAAGAUUUGAGAAAAUCACCAUUAGUUGUGCGAGAAAUAGAAUCCGCUGAGGAUGAAUCUAGUACCAGUAGUGGUACAAGUGAAAGUACUUGUUCUGUUGAAACAGAUUCAAACAUUGAAGAGCAUGAGCAUGCAGAGGGUAGAAUAGAACAUGUAGAUCUAAGUGCAAAAUUAAAGUCUUUAUUAAGUGCAGAUAUUUUCAAUGUUAUUGAAUCAGAGAAAGGAAAUAAUACAGAAGACGAUGAUUUAAUUGAAAUUCUUGCACAGCCUUCUGACAGUAGUCGAGAUGUUGAUAAGGACUCAAAAAAUAAGCCUGUUGGUCCUGUUAAAAUGACUCAAAAGGAUGAAAAUGAAUUUGGAACAAAAGCACCUUUGAAAAAGGGUGGUAUAAAUUAUUCUUUGAAUAUUAAAAAGAAACUCGGCAAAUUAGCAUCUAUGUUUAGUACAGUGAGCUUACAUAAAAAGUAUGGAAUCAAUCCUCAAACUUUGUCAAAGUGGAAAGCUAAAUAUCAGGAUGAGAGUAUUGCAGGACUUGAGUUGACUGAAGAGGAAUUAAAGGAGCUGGAAGAGGUCAAUAGUAUUAAAAAGGCUAUGUAUGGAUCAAAUGCACAAGAAUAUGACAUCUAUGUAGAUAACCCAGAGGAAGAUGAGGUAGAUAGUGACACAAAGAAGAAAAAGUUUGGAGAAGAAAACCUAAAUAAAGAUAAACUGGAGACGAGACAUGUGCUUAAAGCUGAAGAAAAGAAAGGCCAAGGAAAUCAGCUUGUGGCAAUUGGAAAUUUGGAAAAGACUCCCUUACCAGCAAGAUUAAGUGUGGGAACGCCUGAAAAAACUAAUCAAGGCAAGGUGAAAGUGGGAACCCCAUUGUACAUAACCUUAGAUGAGGAUGCUUCUGAUGAAAUGAAACAACAGUUAAGAAAAAACUUGAAAACACAGAAAACAGUUGAGCAUGCAUGGUCCAAUGGGGCAUUUUUAGAAUCCUCAAAAAGUUCUUUUUCUAGUGUCUUUGGAACAGACAAAACAGAAGAAACUCAAAGGAUAGUACCACCAGUCUCUAAAUCUAAAGCUCUUUCAAUGCCUAAUGACACUUCAAUCUCAACAGAGAAAGAUAAUGCAGAUACGAGGACCAGAGAGAAUGACCAAAGAAGGAAUACAUUAAGCAGGAUGCUUGAUGGAAAGACUGCAGAGUCUGAUAAUGUUAUUUGGGAAAAAACAGUAUACUUAUGUCCUGAUGAAGGUAUCUUUAAGUAUAGAUAUGAAAAGAGAAUCACUGGAGAAUCUCCAAAAUCAUCAAAUGAAAAUCAAACUUUUUCCGUGUUAGAUAACCUUUUUAGAAGCUCAGAUAGAUGUGAGACGUCUACAGAUGUUCAAGAAGCUGUGGAUAAAAACAGUACAAUGCAGGAUAAUGUAUCUUCAAGUUCACCAUUAAUUUCAGAUAUGCUCAAAGCAACAGCAAAGCAGAAACUAAAUACAUCACCGGAAUUGCUAAAGAAGACCGUAGAUAAAUCUGUGUUUGAUACUGUUGACCGUGAUGAUGAAAAAUAUUCUGACAAUUUUAAAUGGACUGUGGUUAAAGAGGCAAGAAAGUCAGGCUUUGAAAAAACUGCAAAAUGGUAUAACAUCUCUAUGACAGAUAUUAUGAAAUGGCAUGACACUUUUCUUCAUGAAAAGAAAUCAAAGCCAUUGAAUACUCAGGUUCAGGCUGAUACUAUAUGUGAGUCUGAUUCUACUGUUGUUGACUUGACCAAAGAUGUGAACAUGGAAUUAAACAAAACGGAACCAAUUUUGAUACCAACUCCAGUUAAAGGGAGACUUGGAACACUAAAUGCUAAUCUAUCAUUUGAAAGGAUUCAAGUCAAAGAAGGGGCUAUCACUAAACCAAGAUUCAAUUCUAGAUCUGAUAGUCACAUUGCAGCCCCUCAGACACCUGCUGUAUCAGUAAGUCCAAGCAGUAGGACUCAAAGGACCCGAAUGGGUCCAAACACGAUCAAGUAUGCAACACCCAAAGUUGAUCCAGACCAACUUCAAAAAUUUCAAGCAGAUGUUCAAGGCGAUCUAGGAAUCAUGCCAAAACUUAUGAAGAAGUCAAACUCUAGGGAUGGCGUAGAAAUAGCUAGUACUUGGAAACAAGUUCAGUCUGUUUUAAAGCCAGAAAAACCAGUAGAAAAGAGAUAUACACAGGAGUUCAAGCAAAAGAUAAUUGCAGAAUGUGAACGAAAAGGACAAAAAAUUGUAUCACAGGAAAACAGAAUUCCAUACAAUGAGAUAUCAAGGUGGAGGCUUGAAGCAAAGAAAAAUACAUUGUUACCUACACACCAAAAGAGUGCAUUCACUAAAACGGAUUCUACUAGAAAAGUAGACAGUUCUUUGUCAGCUGCAUCCACAAUAACCACAAGUUCGAAGAAAAACCUCUCUGAACAAAGUACAAGUCAAUCAAGUAAAAAAGAACCACCAUCUUCUACUGAACAGGAGUCUUUAAAAAUUAAGAUCAGGUUGUCAACAUUGCCUCAGGCAACACCUACUGUUAGUAAGAAAAAAACAUCAGAGCAGUCAAAUUUACUUCAAACUAAGGAUGUUCCAAAGACAAUUGCAGCACAUGGUAGUAAAAGGUCAAGUCCUGGUAAAACUGAUGUAACUUCCAAAGCGUGUGAUAAUAACAUGGAGCAAAGCAAGAAGAAACAACCGAGUAGUAAUAGCAAAAUUUCAAAUGUUGACAGGUUAGAGCCUGUGACUUUGGAUGAAGAUAUAGAUCUUAGAAUGGAGGUGAUCAAUUUUUGCUUUGAUCAUGGGGUGUUGAAAACACAAAAGAAAUAUAAUGUAACCAGGCAAUCAAUUAUAGAUUUGAUGAAAGAAUAUGAUGAACUUAGCAAACUUGAAGUUGAUAAUUAUAACAAAUCCCAUGGGUUUCACACCUUCAAGACAAAGCUUGUUAGUAGAGAAAAGACAAGUGUGGAAGUGACUAACAGGGCUACGCAACCUGUUAUUGUAAAGAAUCUUAAUGAUUAUAUUGUUACUCGGGAAUAUAUGAAAACAGUUGUUGACUAUGCAUUGAAGCAUGGAAUAACAGCUGCAUCAAGAAAGUAUAAAAGAAAAACAAGUACUGUAAGAAGCUGGAUGAACCAGUUUCAGAGAGAGGUGAAGAAGAAAAUAUCUGUAGAACAGGUUGCUAAGGAACAAGAAUUGAUAGCAAAUAAUGUUAGUAUUGAAGAAGCAAGGAAAAUUAGCUCUCAAGAAGCAAGAAAGAAAAAACAACUGUUAGAAGCUGAAUUUAGGAGGCAUAUUGUUGAAUUUGCAAGACAAUUUGGUAUCACAGCGGCUUCUAGGAGGUUUAAGAAGAAGGCAGCUACUGUUAAAAGUUGGAUGGGUCAUUUUAUGAAGUCAGAAAGAGAUGCAAAAAGACAAGAAGUGACAGAGAUAAGAAAGAAACAAGGUGAUGAUAUUGAUUCUGUAUCCAGUCUAAAACAGAUUCAAAGUUCUUCCUCUCCAAGAAGGUUAUCUCAUGUUCAAGAUUCAACUGUCCAGAAAUCACCAUCUUCCAGCAGACAAAGAACACCGCCUCAUAGUCCAAUUUCGCUUUGGGACCAAGACUUUGUUAUUAAGCCAACAUCAGGAAAAAGUCCUCUAAAACUUACUUUCUCACCAAGACGAAAAUCGUCUCCAGUUAUUGUAAUUGGAUCUAGUACAGAGGAAGACACUGUUGAUGAUGAGACUAAUGAUAUUGAGACUGAUGAUGAACAAGAACAUGCUCCAGGGGAGUAUUAUGAAGUAGCUGCUUGGAAUUUAGACAAUUGUGGAAAUAAAAGUGAAUCAAAAGGGACUAAUUCAAGUAAGACCAAAGAAUCGGUUCUGGUGAAAGAAGCAGUAGACAAUGUUGUUGACCUAUUAAGUGAUGAAGACUAUACUGAAAAGAAAAGUGGCAGUGACCAUUCAUCAAAAAUUCUCAGCCCUAAUGAUGGUGAAAGAAUCCCUGAGAAAACCUUACAAGCUGAUACAAGUAAAACCAGUUCUAGUUCAGAUGAUUCACAGGCAGUGGAUGUCAGCGAUAUAUUUGAUGUUGAAAAUGCCAAUAUUGUUAGUGAGAUAGAUAGAUUACUUGAAUCAAAGAGUGUGAAAGAAAAUGAAAAAGAUGCAGGACAUUUUUCAGAAGUGAAAGAUUCAGAAGAGCCUGUUAUAAUUGAUGAUGACGGAAAUAAAGCAAAUACUGAAGAAGAGGUAAAAAUGCCUUAUGAAGAAACAGUUAUGUUUAAGCUUUUGACUGAUGAAUUAGAUAAUUUUAUGAAAAAUGAUGCUGUAGCUGUCAAAUAUAAUGUACAAAAGGAGACAGAUGUGAGUAAAUCUGAAGAAAAGUCGCCACCAGCAAAAGAAACAUCCGUUGAUAAACCAAUGAAAAAGUUUAAGAAGUAUGCUGAUGCAGAAAUCAUGCAAAAUAUUGAGGAAACAUACCUGUUCACAGGGGCAAGAGUUACAAGGAAUGCUGUUGGCAAAGAACUGAAGAUGUGUGAUGAAAUUAUGGAAGAAAAAGAUGAAAGGGAAAUUGAAACUGAAGAAAAAAUUGAUGAUAAUGACUCUAAACUGGAAGUUCUUUCUACUGAUACAACUCAAACAAAGGAAAUAGAAGACAAUUUGCACCUAGAUUGCAAAGUUUCUGUAUCAGAAAAUGUGAAUCAUGAAAAGAGUUCAGAGUUACCACUGUCUGAUACGUUACCAGUGUCUGAUAAUCAGAAGAAAGGUGAAAGAAGUCUGUUUGAUUUUCUUUCAGUUAAACCUGAUACUCCAAAAGAAGAUACUAAAGAAGUGGUUGUUAGCAAUUCUGUUGCUUCAUUUGAGAAGAAGGAUGAAUUAAAAUCUCCGUUUAGUUUAUUUGGAAAUAUAAUGAAAAGUUUUCAAAUGGAACAAUCAAUUGGUGUGAAAAGUCCAAGUAAAAAUGAAUGUAAGCCUGACAAUUCUGUAGCAAAUUCAACAGAUUUAAGUAAAGAUUCAGAAGGUAUUGAAAAAGCUGAAGAACUUGUAAAAGAUAGAACUGAGAGAAAUCUGUUUGACUUUAUUUGUCCUGAGCCAGAAAUGUCAAAAACUCCAACGAAAUUACCCUCCCCUGAAGUUCAGACAUCACCUAGAAUGCAGACAAGAAGUCUCUUUAAAUCUGGGAAAGCGGUUUCCUUAUCACCUCAAAAGUUAAGCCCAGUGAAAAUUACACCAUUGAAGAAACCUAUGUUCAAGUUUCCAAAACUAGCUCUGCCUGUAAAUUUUGGUAACAUUGCUAAGCUUGGAAUGGCAAAGAUGAAAGAAGAGGAAAAGGCUAAAGAGGGAAAUGAAAAUAAAACUAAAGAUGAUGAACAGAAUGAGAUAAGUGUUAAAGAAUCUGCAGCAAAGGAAUCUGACCAGGUUAAAUUUGAAACGAAAAAAGAAUCUUCUGGAGAAGCAAAAGAUGAAAUUGUUAUGGAGACAUUUGAAGAAUUACGUCAAAGACUUUCAAAAGAACGAGCAGCUAAUAAACUUGAAAAAGAACGAGCAAAAGAAAUUUCAGAUACGGAUGCAAUGGAGGUAGAUGAAAUAGAUGGUUCUAGGGAGACAAGUGCUAAUACAGCACCCAAAACAUCUGUAGAAAUAGACAGUGAAAUGUAUGAAAACUUCACACCACAGAAAAUUGUCCUUAUAUUGGAUAUUUCUAAAAAGCAUGGAGUUGAAUUUGCCUCUACAUCUUUUGGAUUGCCGGUUUCUGUUAUUGUGAACUGGAUUAUAGAGAAAGACAGGAAACAAAGAAAAGUUGCAUUGUCUGUAAGUUUAGAAGAAAAAUUAAAAUCUCUUAAAAAUAUCAAAGAUAGAGAGAUUACAAGGGAAGCAGUUAAAGAAAAAUACAAUGUUGAUGAUGCUGCUAUUCAUAAAUGGGAUAGUGAGAUCAGUUGGAUGAUUGAAGACAAAAAUGUUUGUGAUAUUCUUGAAAAGUGGAAAACUGUUGAAACUGUAUCAAAUAUCAAUUUUGAAGAGUGCUCUAAAAAUCUUGAAAGAAGAGACUCUGUUGUAGAAAAGGAACUAGUUGAAGAUCAGGCUAAAUUGUCUGAACAAUCUGAUGAGAAGGAUAAUGAGAUAAAGAAAAGUAAGGAGGUAAAAUCAACUAUUGCAAAUGAUGAAGAAAAUCAUGAUGUUGAAAAGUCUGAAAUAAAGAUUGCAGCAUUACCGGCAAAGAGUGUAGAAGGGGAUUCUAAAGGUAGUGAUGCCUGUCUGCCACAAGAGAACAUUCAAGACAAAAAAAGUGAUACAGAUCCAUCUUUAAUCAUCGAAGAUGAAAGAGUCGAAAAGAAACCUUUAGAAAUAGUUGAUGAUCAUACUGGACAAUCUGAAAUCAAUCCUAUAUCAGAACAUGAAGAUAUUAUAAUAACAAAGGUGGAAAACCCUGAAGUAGUAACGGUAACUGAGUCCUCUGCUUCUGAGAAUGCUCAAGAUGUGACUAGUGCCAAUAAUGAUGAUGAGAGGGAUAUACCUGAAAUAAUUUCAUUCGUCAGAACAACUAAGCCUAGAGAUUUCACUAUAGAACAGAAAGCUAUGAUUGUGCUUUUGACAGAAAAAUACGGGAACUCAUUGGUGAAUAGGAAGUUUGGUAUUAAUACAGGUACUAUGUAUAAUUGGAGACAUGGAAACAAGCAUGUGAGACAGUUUCUAUAUGAGCAGGGCCAUAGUUCUGUGAAAAAGACAGAUGUAAGUAGCGAUAAAAGCGAAGUGUCAGUUAAAGAUAGAUUUCCAAAUGAGACCCGUUCAUUUACAGCUUCUGAUUACUUACCUAGUAGAGAGACUCGGAGUAGCAGUGAUAAGAAAAUUACUGAAGUCUUGAAUGACGUUGAGAGAACUGAAGGAAUGAAAAAGCAAACUGCCUCAGAACCUCAGCUACCUCCAAAAUCUAAACUGCAGGGGAAAGAAGCAGGCAAGGAAAAAGACUUGAUAAAUCACCCAAAGGGUUACAGAAUUAUUUCACCUACUAAAUUACCUUCAAUUUUAAAAGAUAUCGAUAUCAAGUCUGUUCAGGCAAAGGACUACACUCUUGAGCAGAGGGUUGCUAUAGUAAAACUUGUGCACUUGUAUGGUGUGAGAACUAUACAUAAACAAUUCCAUAUAUCUACAACAUCUAUCUGGAGUUGGCAGAACUGUAAAAUUAUAAACGAAAUGUUGAAUGAGGAAGAAGGAGAAAAAAAUGAAAGCCUAGGUGCCCAGAGAGAGAUUAACUUUGAUGUAGAUGAAGAGGGACCUAUGACAAUUGAUACUGUACUUGAUAGAGUUCUUAUUGCAACAGAUACAUCGAGUCACUUGAACUUUGAUACAAACCAAAGGGCCGAUAUAGUCUGUCUAAUAGACCAUUUUGGGAUUGACUACUUUUGUGAAAAGGUCCCACAAAUUCCCAGAGGAACGCUGUGGAAUUGGCGGCACAAUAAGCAGGUGGUUGCUUUAGCAAAGAACAGAGAAGAAAUGAUUAAAAGGUAUUCAGAUAGAUUAAAUACGUAUGAGGCCAAUAAAAUAAGAGAAAAUGUUGUGGGAGAAGCUGUAGAUAAAACUGACUUGACUCAGAAAUGGUUGAAAGAUGUGCAAGAUAACAUACAUGGAAAAAGGAGAGGAGAUUCAGAGGAAAGGAGCAAAAGGAAAAUGGAGGAAAGUGAGAUGCGUAGAAAAAGUUAUUCACGGAAAAAACCAAAAUUGGGACCAAUGUGCUACAAAAGAUCUCUCUCCAAUGACAGAAUUAAACGCAGUCUAUCACCUUCAACUGUAUGCUCAGAAACGUCUGUGCAUUCUGAAGAUUUUGAAGAGAUCUUCAGUGAUGAUGAACUGAACACACCUUCUGUUGUGUCUAAAAAGUCGGGUACCAGCUCCCAGACUGCUCAGAGUAGCAAAACCAGUAGAAGUCAGCCGAGAACCAGCAAAGGAAACGCUUCUGGGAAAACUGAAAUUGGACAGGUUUCACAGUCUAAUGGACUGGUUACUGAAAAGAUGGACACAGCUGGUGAACCAGUCCAUGAAAUUGUAAAGUUUGAAUGUGGACAGGAUGAAAGAAUGAUGGUUUGUUACAAAGAUUUGGAACCAGCAGAGGCGUCCUCAAAACAUGUAAAGGCAGAUAAUCCAAGUCCAACUUUGAAGAGACCAUCACCAGCCGAUGCAUCCACAUUGCAGCCGCCUGUAAAGAAGAAAACCCAGGGUACAAAGGCAGCUGAACCCAAUGAAUUAGGAGGGAACUGGGUGCCUUUAGACGAGUACUACUAUGGCACACACGAAGGUGAUACCUCGUACACCGAGGAGAAAGGAGAAUAUAGAUUUAAGUGCUGGUAUUGUUCUAAGAUGUUAUACAACAAUGUACGUGCCAUGCAGCAUAUUCAAGGUCAUAUAGACGCCAGUAAGCAGCAAAAUAUAGAUCUCAGUGACCUAACUCAGUGCAAACAUUGCUAUAAACAGUUUGAUACACCAUUUGAAAUGCAGACUCAUGUGGAAAAGAAACAUGACUCCUCCCACUAUAUGCUGUGUCUAUACUGCCUGCGGACAUUUGAGGUGAAAUUUGUGAAUCAGGGAUGGGGUCAGACACAGACCUACUACGGUCAUCUACUCAAACAUCAGACAAAGAGUGCCACCAAGAAAUUGUUUUAUUCUCCUGGAGGCAAAGCUGAUACUGGCCAGAACCCAAAGGAAAGGGGGAAAUAUGUUCACUGUACAAUGUGUAGAUUUGCCACCAGCUGCAGUGUUGCCUAUGCUAACCACAUGAUGGGCUUCCACUCGGGCCAGAUGUCAAGUUUGAAUCUUAACAUACCGUGGGAGAGACCGAUGAAGGAGAUCAUGUUCUGUGCGUGCGGCUUUAGUUCAAAAUACGGCAAUAAAAUUGCCAAUCAUUUAGUGUACUGUGGAAAAUGGACCAGUUACUCAACUAGACGUUCCCAAUCUGAAAUUUCUUCUGGAGCCUCUGGUAAGAUUGUUUCCCGUUUUUACUAG